GUCCAAAUCUACUGAAAGAUCUAGAGAUAAACGAGAAAGGUCCAAAUCUACUGAAAGAUCUAAAGAUAAACGAGAAAGGUCCAAAUCUACUGAAAGAUCUAGAGAUAAACGAGAAAGGUCCAAAUCUACUGAAAGAUCUAGAGAUAAACGUGACAGAUCCAAAUCUCCUGAAAGAUCCAGAGACAAAAGGGAUAGGUCCAGGUCAGUUGAUAGAAACCGCAGAAAUCUAAGGUCAAAGUCUCCCAAACAACAUGAAAGAUCAAGAUCAACUGACAGGAGGUUGAACAGACGGUCAAGGUCACCUUAUUUCAGGUCAAGGGGCAGAAGAAACAGGUCAAAAUCAGGAUCCCCCGAGAGGAAAGAUCGAGAUAGGAAAAAUAGGUCACGAUCAAAAUCGUUUGAAAGAGGAAGAUUUGUCAGGCGACAUCGCAGUCCAGGAAGAGAUAUGUAUGGUAGAGGGAGGCGUGAACGGGACAGGCGUGGCCGAUCUCGCUCAGACUCACGGGACAGAAACCUCGAUCUGAAAAAGCACGGGGUCGUCGUAGAAAAACCCAGUGGGCGCAUGGCCUCAUCCCCCAACAACCGAGAGAAGGAAGACAUUGGGAAAACGGAUGGAAAGAUAAUUUGCAGCACUGAUGCAGAGUUCCUCACUGCCAACAUUGAUCUAUCCACCAUCCCGAUCCCAGGGGAAAUCCCUCUGCCGGGAGAAGUUGUCGUUAAAAAUGAGCUGGCUGUUACAGUAGAAACCCCUGCCCCCAUUGAUGCGAAUGUUGAUGAUGAAUCCAUGGAGAUUUCAGAUGAAGACGGUGGCAAAGAAAAAGAAGCUGAUAAAGAUGGGGAACAGCAAGGUCAAUCAAAAGAUGAUGUGGUAGCAGCCAGCCAGCCAGAAGCCAUGGCCACAUAUGUGAACCCGGCCACACUUAGUGCAGGAAAGGAUAGACAGAUAAAAUUCUCCAUCGUUGGCUCUGGCAGGAAACUGAAGCCAGCCGGGAUGCUGGGGCUGCUGGAUGACUUGGCAGAGCCCGGGAGCAAAGCAAUGGUCCCCACCGAUGCUGACGCUGGGCAGGUUGAUGAUGCAGGCGAGCCUUCAUCAAGAGAGGACUUUCAAAAUGAUGUUGGCGGUCUGCCGAAUCGAGAGGAGGAACGAAAUAAUAGUCACUCGUUGUUGCUUGGCAACAUGGGUCGUCCUGAUUCAGUUGAUGUGCCCCCGGUCUUGACACAAGACAGACAUGAAGCUAGUCAAACAGUUUUAAUAAAAGAAGAGGACAUCCAAAGUGAUAACUUCAAACCACAGAUUGCUGAACAGGAAGAAAACAAGCAAAUGUUGGUUCCAGAACGGGAGGCACAAAAAGAUAUAUCUUCCAUAGUCGUUGCGCAGCCAACAGAGAAACCAAGAGCAGCGGAUGGUGUUGUUACAUUAAGUUCUGGUUGGGAUGAGGAAGAUGAGACGGAUGUACCUUCUGUCACAGCUAAACCCAAAGUGGAUAAGCACAAACCCGCCCCGGCACCACAGAGGUUAAAGUUCAAGUAUGUCCCCCUCUGGGAGAUGGAGGAAACUGAGAAGAGACCUGUCAUUGAGGUGAGCGCACAAAAACCACAGAGCACCAUCAGCCUCGCCCUUGAUUAUGGCAGUGGCAGCUCAGAUUAUGAAGAUGAGAAUGGUUCGCCGGUCAAGAGGAAGUCACCGGCCCGGUCAUCUGAGAAGACACCGGUCAAACUGGCAGGUUUUGAAACUUGUGAAGUCGCAGAGAUUGGGGUCAACAAGUCAGGGGAGACUGAUGUGGACGCCUAUGUUAUAGCUGGGGAGAAAAGUUUAAUUCCAGAGCAUGCUUCAAAUGUCGAGGCAACUGAAGAAAUGCCCCGUUCUGAUUCUGGUUCCACAGUCGAGACAUUCACUGAUCAUCGACAAGGGAGAUCAAGGUCAUCGAAUCUACAAGAUGAGUCCAAAAUGUCACAGCCAAAUGAUAAGUCUAAGAUAUCUCUACAAGAUAAUUUGGACAUAACAUCACUACCAGAUAAGUCAAACAUAUCUUCUCUUCAAGAUAAGACCAAGAUAUCAUCUCUCCAAGAUACGUUUGAGAUAUUAGCUAAGCAAGAUAAGUCGGAGAGAUCCACUCUGCAAGAUAAGUCAGAGAGAUCCACUCUGCAAGAUCAGUCAGAGAGAUCCACUCUGCAAGAUAAGUCAGAGAAAUCCACUCUGCAAGAUAAGUCAGUUGUAUUAUCUCACCAAGUUAGUUCAGAGACAUCUUCUUGUGAGAAAGUCUUGUCACCACAAGUGGAAGAUCAAGAAGCCUACUCUCCAUCUCACCCGUCCCUAGAGGAUGCUGAUGACUCAACAGACCUGCCCGCCAUUAUUCCAUACUCCGCAGCAAGCAAGCACAAGACCGAGAACACAGAAUCGGGACAUGGUCAGGCUGAUGCUGUGACAUCAGGGACGACCGGUAUCCUUUUCCCGGCAUCAUCCAUUAUAACUACGUUCACUCCUUCAGUCAAUGUGUUGCCCGUGGACUCAUCUGUCAUCAGCACGCCAUAUUCCGUCAGUGCCUCACGGCCUGUUUCGGCUCUGGUUGGGGGGACACCGUCUAAGGAUCUGCCUUAUGUUACAUAUCCUCAUAUUCCACUUCCGUUAGUUGCAUCUCCUCACAGUUCUGGCAUUAUUCAACCAGUCCAGCCACCAUCAAUACUGUUACCUUCCUUGGAUGCAUCAAAGGUAGUAUUACCUUCUGUGGGUGUUGCCCCAGUGCAGCUGCCUGGUGUUGUCCCAGUGCCACCACCCACUGUUGCCCCAGUGCCGCCGCCUUCUGUUGCCCCAGUGCCGCCAUCUACUGCUACAUUGGUGACAUCAAGCCCCAUAGCCCCAAUUCAAGCUGGAGUUCCAUCGGCGGGCCUGUUGCCAGUAACAUACCCAACUCUGCCUUUCCCUGGGUCGGCCCCAAAACCAGUUCCACCUCCGCAGUUUUUGGUCCAGCCACCUGUACCGUCAUCCCAGCCUGUGGGUUCACAACAUUCGACCGGGUUGGUCUCAUCUGUGGGUAGGCAAUCAGCUUCUCAGGCUAUGUCGGGCCUUCAAGGAAUACCUUUACCUGGAAUGGUCAUGCCUCCUCUGAAAGCAUUCCAACCUGUGCCACCACCUGGUGUUACAGGCGUACUGCCUGUGCCACUUCCUGCCAUUACGGGCGUACUGCCUGUGCCACUUCCUGCCAUUACGGGCGUACUGCCUGUGCCACCCCCUGCCAUUGCAGUAGCACAGCCACCUGUUACUGCAGGCAUACAACCACAAUUAAUCACUUCCUUUCCAGUUUUGACUUCACCCUUGUUGGCCCAAACUACACCCUUGUUGGCCCAAACUACACCAACCAAUGGUCCUGAACUGACCAGUGAUCCGUCCUUGACCCAGCAACCACCUGUCAAGUUCAGAAUCAACCGUUUUCAUCAAGGACCUGCAGGAGUUGUUCCUCAGGUUAUUCCCCCUCCCACAGUGUCCAUCCCAACACUCUCUGUGGCAACAGGACUGGCUAGUGAGCUGUCAUCUCAGGCAAUCUUGACAACUUCCUACCCCUCUAUUUCAGUCAAGUCCUUGGCCCACGCCUCGCCCACCUCUACUGCAGUCAAACCUCGGCCGAUGCAGAAACUAACUAAAGAAAAUGACCACACAGCUGGUGGCGCUCCCUCAAAACGACCAAAAAUAUCCUCCAUCUUGUCCCAGCCAAAAAUAGAGGAUCCUAAACUACUGGAAAUGUUGGUUAAGAGUGACUCAGAAAUCAAAUCUUUGACUGGUUCGCUAACCUUGGCAAUGGGCUUACCCGAAACACUGACUCGAGAUAUCCAGAAGGCAACACAUCACUCUAAGGGGGACUCUCAGCUAUCAGACCUCCCCAAGAACAAUUUAGAGCAGCAGUCUGAAAGCACCAGCCCUAAAUCACAUGUAGUUAAAGAAUAUGAUUCUAAUGAGAAGACCUCAAGUCCUUCUGCUCAAGAAAAUGUUUGCCCUCCCCCACAAGCAGCAGUAGAUGGAAAAGAGAACUCUGGAUUUCCAGAUGUUCCGGCUCCUGAGAAGCCAAUGGACAAGACUCUGCUUUUUGCUGAAAAUAUUGAUUUUGACAUGGAUAGUAUACCUUUACCUGCGGGCCCACCGCUCCCAGUUUCUGUUGUCGCCUUGUUAGACCCCAAGCUUGUUGAUGUCGGCCAGGGGAUCUCCUUACCACGGGAGCCGCCUAUCCCAAAGCCAGCAACUCAUCUCCCGACUCAAACUGACAUCCCGCCAACGCCAACGAUGCAACCACCCACGCCAACGACGCAGCCACCCACGCCAACGACGCAGCCACCCACGCCAAUGACGCAGCCACUCACAGCACAGCCACCCAUGCCAAAUGGUGAAGUGCAGACUCAGCCACCAUUGCCUCCACCGCCGUCAGUCAUCACAGACUCAAGUCCUCUUCCGCCUCUGCCCCCAUCUCCGAUGUCACCUAAAAGUCAAACCCUGGGGUCAUUGCUGGCAGAGAGAAAGAAACGUUUCUCCCAGUCCCCUCUGGCCAUCGGCAUGCUGCCCAAAGUGCCACUCACCCAAUCUCCCCUGGCCAUAGGUCCCUUGCCCAAGCUCCCUCCGGAGCCAGAGAUCUCUCCGGCAGACGGUGACAUCAGCUCAAAGAAAAGUGUCCUCAUGCAAGACAUAAAGAAAGCCCUCAUUACGACAGAUGCAAGGAAAGGAGUGGAAACAAAAACUAAAGAACCCUUGCAACUUGUCACCGGUGCCAGGCCAAAAAUUGCCACAGAUAAGGAAGAACCAAAAUCCAGCGUCCCAGGUUUGUCAAAAAUACACAUAGUCCUUAAAAGCAAAUCUGCGGUCCAGAGAACAUUGGUCAGAGGCUUUGAAGAUGAGGAGGGCAGUGACAGUGAUAAUGUUUCAGAGGAGCCACGCCUGGAGCCAUUACCAGAUGCGGAGAGUGGCAUCUUUUCAACCUUUGCUGGGGAUAAAGAUGAGCCUUUACCCCCGUCGCCCUACGCGGGUGGCGAAGGAGUGCUGAAGGAGGAAGCCUUGUCCAAGCAAGGGCAGGUGAGGUCUAAGUUUGUGGCCCUGUCUGACAUUGAGGCCUUUCCAGUACAGGUGAUCACAAGCUCUAGAAAAGAGGAGGACACGCCCGCUUCCUCAUGGCCAGAGUUUACAGUUGGAAAGAGGAGAGAGGAGGACGGAGGGAAAGAUGAGAAAAGGAAAGCUGGCAAAUCUGAUGGAAGAGAGAGAGAUAGAAAAAAAGAAAGGAGGAACAGCAUGGAAGACGACAGGACUCCUACAAGGGAUGAACAUAGGAAGAAAAUUGGGGAUGACGAGGAGGAACGAAGAGAGAGCAGACGCAAGAGGGAUGAUGAUAGUGGUAAAAGGAGGGAGGGUGACUAUGAGGAGAGUGGGGGCAGGAAGCAGGUGAAAAAAGAAAAAGAGGAUGAAGGCUAUAAUGAUAGACGGGAUGAUCGUCGAUCCAGCCGGGGAGAUGACAGACAAAGGGGACGUUACGAUGACAGAGGUGAUGACAGCUACAGCAGAAGAAGAAAAAAAGAUGACGACGAAGAUUACGGAAAGAGGAGAGGAAAGGAUGACGGCAGGAGGAGGAGCCGUGGGGAUAAAGAUGACGACCGCAAAAGAAGUAAAUAUGAUGACAGCCGAAGUGGCAACAAAUAUUCAGAAAGAGACAGAAGCAGAGAGAGGAGCAGAGACAGAAGCCCUGACAGAGAGAAGGGCAAGAGGUCAUUUGGGAAAAGAAACAAGAGGAGCAGGGAGAGAAGUCGGAGCAGGAGCCCACCCAGGAAGAGGGAUCGAGAGCGCAGUCGAGAUGGCUAUGAUCGGAGAGAGAGGGACAAGAGUCGUAGUAGAAGUGACAGCAGGGAAAGGAAACCAAGGGAUGGCAGAAAUUUCUCUUCCAAGAAGAAAGAUUCAAGGUCAUUCAAAGAGGAUUUUUUAGAUGAAUAUUCAAAGUCUUCUAGUUCUGUAGAUGUGCAGGAGGAUAUUUUCAAAGUGACGACCAUUGGUUCCUCAUACGGUCCGAGUUAUCCACAGGAUCCUGGACAUUACACAGCAGAUCCCAACUACCCCAGUGUAACUGACCAGUCUUUGUAUUCAGCACCGCAGCCCACCAGUGUGGAUGUGCAGGCUGCAUAUUCAGACCCAAGCUAUGGUGGCCAGUACCCUCCAUCAUAUGAACAUCAGCAGUAUGGCCCCGCUUGGCAAGGUCAGCAAGGUCAUGAUGUCUACGCCCAGGACAUGACGGGUCAGUACCAGGAUGUGGCGGGUCAGUACCAGCCCCAGGCUCCGGACCAUUCAGCUCCUCCGCCUCAUCAGUAUCCAUUCCACCAGCCACAGCAUCAACAUUAUCCCCAACAACCCGUCUAUCAUGCGGGCCCCUAUCACCUUCCGCCUAGUAUGCCACCACAGCAGUUACCACUGCCUCAUCUGCAACAACCUGGUGGAGUGCAGCCACCGCACAUUCCACUGGACCAAAAUGCACAGAGUGGAACAGGGCACUUCAUAUCCACCCAGCAACACAUCCCAUCUUACAACCAUUCAGCCCCACCUCCCACUCAUCUUCAACCACAACCUUCAGCCCACUUCGGACAUUCAGAUUCACAAUUUCAUCUGCAUUCGGGGGCCAUCAGAGGACCGAUUCUGCCACCCCCAAGAACACCCUUGUUGCAAACUCCUUCAAUUCCACGCAAUGUCAUGGAGACACCUUCCAACUUUGGAAGCCCGAGAUUUACCUCACCUGACAUCAGGUCAUCUCCUGGUUUUUUGAAACAAACUGAAGUCAAAGCGGUCAGGAAGUCAAGAUUCAGUCCAGCAGACCCAUUAUCUCUUAAAGCCGUCGUUUCCACAUCAAUUGACUUGCAGGUGUCUGGUCCAAGCACUGCCAGUGCAGGUGUGGCCGAUACCUUGCAGAGAAAGCCAUUUGUUCCAGAACCUUCCUUUGAGACCUCCUCUCUGGCAGAAGUUGAGUUUGACACCACUGAGAAACAGGACGGGAGAGCCAAGUCCAGAAAGAAACCUACUUCAGCCAUGGCUGAGGAUGUCAAUGAGCCAACAGUGUCCUCAUCUGGUGUGGAGGACACGGCCGGCGACACAGGAAGUGAUUCAGGCACAGAGUCCUCACAGAAACCAUUAAAGGUUAGCCAAUUAUUUUUAAAACAAUGUUUUAACAGUAACAGUACCGUAUUAUGGUAAUCAAAAUAUUUAUUUAUAGGGUAGUGGUACCAGUAUCUUGAUAUUAAACACCCGGUACCGUACAAUAAAUUAUGGAUAUAUUUUUAGACUUCAUUUGAAACUAUUGAUAGAAACCUUUGUACCGGUACCAUAGGCAAUGGAUAGUCUAUCAAAUAUGUCAUUUGGUUGUAUAUAAAUGACAAAUGAAUCCGAUAAUGGGAAGGUUGUAGCAUUAAAUUUUAAUAACCAAUAAUGGGGGCCUCUAAAACUUUGAGGGUUUGCUUCUACGACCCAGUCAGCCCCCCCUAUUUCUCAUUUUUGUUGUUUCUGGUGGGAAAAAUCUUUUGGGAAUUUCAAAAUGGCACUGUUUCUUUAAGAAAAAUAAUUGUUCAAUAAGACUAGACAUCAUUCUAUUACCGGUUCUAAAAUAAUUGUUCAAUAAGACUAGCCAUCAUUCUAAUACCAGUACUAAAAUAAUUGUUCAAUAAGACUAGCCAUCAUUCUAAUACCAGUACCAAAAUAAUUGUUCAAUAAGACUAGCCAUCAUUCUAAUACCGGUACUAAAAUAAUUGUUCAAUAAGACUAGCCAUCAUUCUAAUACCGGUACUAAAAUAAUUGUUCAAUAAGACUAGCCAUCAUCCUAAUACCGGUACUAAUCAACAUUAUAUUUGAUCCCUGCAGUUGUUUGUUUUGGUGAUCAUACCCUAUAAAGAUGUUUAGAAUAAAGGUGUGAAAAUGAUUCAAGUUCAGGGAAUUCCCUAAAACCAUCUAAGUGUAUGCAAAACUGCAUUUCAAAAGCAUCUUUUCCUGAAGGGUUGGAAGAAUGGCUUUUAUUUUGCUCUAACUCUAAUACAUUGUGCCCUUCCUGUAACACAUAAUUAUAAAAUUAUAAGGGCACAUUAUAAUGCUGUGCCCUUCCUGAAUAAUAUAAUUAUAGAAUAAUAAGGGCACUUUAUAAUGCUAUUCAGAAGAAAAAUAAAAGUAAGUAUUUGGGCUAGCAGACUUAUCUUAAUUCAGUUUUACUUUAUUGAUUCUCUUUUGCUUUCUUACUUUAUUGAUUCUCUUUUCCUUUCUUACUUUAUUGAAUCUCUUUUGCUUUCUUACUUUAUUGAUUCUCUUUUCCUUUCUUACUUUAUUGAAUCUCUUUUGCUUUCUUACUUUAUUGAUUCUCUUUUGCUUUCUUACUUUAUUGAUUCUCUUUUGCUUUCUUACUUUAUUGAUUCUCUUUUCCUUUCUUACUUUAUUGAAUCUCUUUUCCUUUCGUACUUUAUUGAUUCUCUUUUGCUUUCUUACUUUAUUGAUUCUCUUUUCCAUUCUUACUUUAUUGAAUCUCUUUUGCUUUCUUACUUUAUUGAUUCUCUUUUGCUUUCUUACUUUAUUGAAUCUCUUUUGCUUUCUUACUUUAUUGAUUCUCUUUUGCUUUCUUACUUUAUUGAUUCUCUUUUGCUUUCUUACUUUAUUGAUUCUCUUUUCCUUUCUUACUUUAUUGAUUCUCUUUUGCUUUCUUACUUUAUUGAAUCUCUUUUGCUUUCUUACUUUAUUGAUUCUCUUUUCCUUUCUUACUUUAUUGAAUCUCUUUUGCUUUCUUACUUUAUUGAAUCUCUUUUGCUUUCUUACUUUAUUGAAUCUCUUUUCCUUUCUUACUUUAUUGAAUCUCUUUUGCUUUCUUACUUUAUUGAAUCUCUUUUGCUUUCUUACUUUAUUGAUUCUCUUUUGCUUUCUUACUUUAUUGAUUCUCUUUUCCUUUCUUACUUUAUUGAAUCUCUUUUGCUUUCUUACUUUAUUGAUUCUCUUUUCCUUUCUUACUUUAUUGAAUCUCUUUUGCUUUCUUACUUUAUUGAAUCUCUUUUGCUUUCUUACUUUAUUGAUUCUCUUUUGCUUUCUUACUUUAUUGAUUCUCUUUUGCUUUCUUACUUUAUUGAAUCUCUUUUGCUUUCUUACUUUAUUGAUUCUCUUUUGCUUUCUUACUUUAUUGAUUCUCUUUUGCUUUCUUACUUUAUUGAUUCUCUUUUGCUUUCUUACUUUAUUGAUUCUCUUUUGCUUUCUUACUUUAUUGAUUCUCUUUUCCUUUCUUACUUUAUUGAAUCUCUUUUCCUUUCUUACUUUAUUGAAUCUCUUUUGCUUUCUUACUUUAUUGAAUCUCUUUUGCUUUCUUACUUUAUUGAAUCUCUUUUGCUUUCUUACUUUAUUGAUUCUCUUUUUCUUUCUUACUUUAUUGAUUCUCUUUUCCUUUCUUACUUUAUUGAUUCUCUUUUGCUUUCUUACUUUAUUGAAUCUCUUUUGCUUUCUUACUUUAUUGAUUCUCUUUUGCUUUCUUACUUUAUUGAUUCUCUUUUGCUUUCUUACUUUAUUGAUUCUCUUUUGCUUUCUUACUUUAUUGAUUCUCUUUUGCUUUCUUACUUUAUUGAUUCUCUUUUCCUUUCUUACUUUAUUGAAUCUCUUUUCCUUUCUUACUUUAUUGAAUCUCUUUUGCUUUCUUACUUUAUUGAAUCUCUUUUGCUUUCUUACUUUAUUGAAUCUCUUUUGCUUUCUUACUUUAUUGAUUCUCUUUUUCUUUCUUACUUUAUUGAUUCUCUUUUCCUUUCUUACUUUAUUGAUUCUCUUUUGCUUUCUUACUUUAUUGAAUCUCUUUUGCUUUCUUACUUUAUUGAUUCUCUUUUGCUUUCUUACUUUAUUGAUUCUCUUUUGCUUUCUUACUUUAUUGAUUCUCUUUUGCUUUCUUACUUUAUUGAAUCUCUUUUGCUUUCUUACUUUAUUGAUUCUCUUUUCCUUUCUUACUUUAUUGAUUCUCUUUUGCUUUCUUACUUUAUUGAAUCUCUUUUGCUUUCUUACUUUAUUGAUUCUCUUUUCCUUUCUUACUUUAUUGAUUCUCUUUUCCUUUCUUACUUUAUUGAAUCUCUUUUCCUUUCUUACUUUAUUGAAUCUCUUUUCCUUUCUUACUUUAUUGAUUCUCUUUUCCUUUCUUACUUUAUUGAAUCUCUUUUGCUUUCUUACUUUAUUGAUUCUCUUUUGCUUUCUUACUUUAUUGAAUCUCUUUUGCUUUCUUACUUUAUUGAAUCUCUUUUGCUUUCUUACUUUAUUGAAUCUCUUUUGCUUUCUUACUUUAUUGAUUCUCUUUUGCUUUCUUACUUUAUUGAUUCUCUUUUCCUUUAUGGAAUCUCUUUUGCUGUCUGAGGAUUUAAUUGUGCAUCUCUGGUAAUUUCUGAUUUAUUUCAGACAACCAGGGUUCCCUUAAAGCAGCGGUUCUCAAACUGUUGGCCGUGACCCCUAUGGGGGUCAAACGACCCUAACACAUGGGUCGUCUAAUACCAUUGGAAAACAUAUAUAUGAAGUAGCAACGCAAAUAAUUUGAUGGUUGGGGGUCACGACAACAUGAGGAACUGUAUGAAGGGUCGGGGCAUUAGGAAGGUUGAGAACCACUGCCUUAAAGCAAAGCUCCAAAUAAUAGACACAAAAGCCUUAAGUUAAUCCGUGUGAGAUCACGUCAGUCCCUCACAUUCAAUUCAAGCUUUAAUAUUAUUUAAUGGUUCAAUGUAAGUUUGUGAAAUCUCUUGUUUCAGGUGAAGUCCAGAUGGAGGCGCAACAGUGAAGCUGAGGCAGUUGUUGACACCUCAACACCCCCGCAGACCUCUGCCCCAACCCCUGCCCUAACAGUCGGGCUCUCCGGCCAGCAGGGAUCCACCUCAAGCCCCACCCUUGAAUCCUCCCCUAAAGAAAUGAGGCGGACCCGGUCAAGGGCGGCAGCAGAAGAGCUGGGCGGCGGCACCCCAUCCAUUGAGACCCCACCUCCACCUCCCCCACUGCGAAAACGAAUCAAGCUGGAUAUGGCUGGUGCAGAAGACAAGGUUUUCAUUUGAUUUUCAUAUUUAAAAUAUAUAACAGCAAAUGGGUCUGCUUUGUCUUAAAAUAGAGUUAAUUCAUUGAGUUAUAUACCCAAAUCCCUUUGUCUUAACCCUUUACAGUCCAAACCUAUUCAGCCUUGUCUACUCCCAGCGCCCAAGCAAAGGGACAUAACUCCAUUUUAAAUGAAGGUUCUUUAUCUAAUUAAUUUACAGAAAAUAAACUAGAAGCAACAAAAUAAAAUAAAAACUACCUAAAUACAAAGAAAUGAUUAAAGCAAAAGUUAAACCUAAAAAUAGUUUCAGAGACCCUCCCACUCAUGAAAUAGUGAAGCUUCAUUAGGCCUAAGUUCUUUCAAAAGUGUAUCCAAGGCUUAGAUAGCCAUUUUUUACAGCGAAAAAAUCGCGACUUUUAAAAAAAUCUUAGAAAAUCAGCCCCUAAACACACCGCGGUCAAACUAGUAUCGAAAUAAAUGCCGACAACGAGGCUUUCUUCCGGUAGAACUAUAAAUAGUAAUGCGCAAUGGAUUUCCGCUGUGCUAAGAACGAAAGUAAACACCUCGAAACGGGCGGGUUCGGCCGCAUCGGACUGUAGGCUUAAGGAAAAAAUCGGCGCAUUUCGGGCGCAUCGGACUGUAAAGGGUUAAAAUAGAGUAAUUUCAUUGAGUUAUAUACCCAAAUCCCUUUGUCUUAAAAUAGAGUUAAUUCAUUUAGUUAUAUACACAAAUACCUUUUUAAAAAAAUGUCAGACCCUAACUGGCAGCCAAAAGGUGCCACAAUGGAUUCAGUAAAAACCCUCUCAGAUUUUGCACAUAAAAAAAGACAAUAAUUGACCAUGUAGUAAUCCUAAAAAAAAAGCUCCUCUUGUUUGUUGUAUUCAUGCAGCGUUGAUGAAUGCAUUUUGGUGGGUCAGUGGAGGAGCUCUGGCUUGUAACAUUGAAUUAAGCAACAGAAAGGAUCGUUUGAGAGAAUUAGAAAAUUAUAAGACUUAAUAAAUAAACUAAAGCUUUUAAUAAAAAACUGAAUUUGCUUGACCAAAAAUGAAAACCUUUAAAUGGAAAUAAGCUAAGUUUAUGAUAAACAAUGCAAUUUUAAGCUCACAUGCAUACAAGUGACAUUGAAUGCAUGUCGUAAUUGGUGCAAGCUGAAUUGUUGAAAAUGAAUUCUCUUAUCUUCAUAAAAUCACAGGCUGAUGAAGACAGCAGAUCUGAUGAGGAUGUUGGCAAUGAGGGGGAGUCUCCACAAGAUCUGGCAAGCAUCAUAAAGCGUCCAGAUUUUCCUAGAUUUGAGAUCAUACUGGAAAAUAUUCAUCUAACUGAGAGGUAUGUUUUCUAAAAAUACAGGUAUUAAAAAAAAUGUGCUCCUUGGAUAUUGCAAAAAUUUAUAAAAAAAUGUGCUCCUUGGAUAUUGCAAAAAUUUAUAAAAAAAUGUGCUCCUUGGAUAUUGCAAAAAUUUAUAAAAAAUUUGCACCUUGGAUAGUGCAAAAAUGUAUACUUCCAUGAUUCCUUAUGUACUUUUUAAGAUAUCAAAUAUCUACUUCUAUAUUCUGUCUCAUUAGGAAUUUAAUGUUUGCUGCCACUACUAAGAGUUUUCUAAGGAAAAAAAUGUUAGUUAAUUUUCCUCCCACCCUUUGUCCUAUUUGUUGGCCUGACUUGAACCGUCACUGUUUGUUCAAUCGCCUGACUUGAAUCGUCACUGUCCAAAUCACCUGACUUGAACCGUCACUGUUUGUUCAAUCGCCUGACUUGAACUGUCACUGUUUGUCCAAUCUCAGGAAACGCUCAAAAAGUAUGAAACGUAUGCUCUGUGAUUGCACAACAUCACGGGAGGACAGGGCCAUGGGGAUUGAAGCUUGUGGCUCAGAUUGUCUCAACAGAAUGCUGAUGAUUGAAUGGUAAACACUCAAUGUCUUAUUUAUACAAGUCUGCUAUCACUAGCUGGGUGUGUAUUGUUCAAUUUGUGCAUAAAACGCAAUGCAGAACAAACCCAUUGUCUGUUGAAAAUUUAGUAGACUGAUUUUUUAUUAAAUUUAUAUAUACUUACAAAAAAGUAAAAAUUAAAUAUGAUUUAAUUAAAAAAACAACAAUCAAGUUACAAAAAUAACCAUGUAAAAAGGAACGCAUUGAUUUUCAAUAUACUGUAAUUUUCUUUCCCCAGUGGAGCUCGAUGCCCUUGUGGAGAAUAUUGUACAAAUCGACGAUUCCAGAAAAAGAUUUAUUCCAAGACGCUGCCUUUCUCGGCCGGUGAUAAGGGGUGGGGACUCCGUGCUGAGGAAGACAUGGAAGAAAAGUAGGAAUUCCUAACGCUUGUACAACAGCAGGGUUCCUAGUUGGGUUUUAGAAUAUGUUUAAUGCUGGAUUCUAAAUGGAUAGUUCUUAGAAUUUCUUUCAAGUGGAUAGAAUCUUCACCUACUUGUGAGACCUAUGAGACAGUGCACUAAGUUCUGUAGGAUUGGUUUAUAGCUUUUAACAAAUGUGAAUAUUAUUCGACUAGUCUUUGAAAUGACAAGUAAUAUUAACUCAUUUUAGAGUUAGACAUUUUUGGGUUAAUUAGACAUUUUUGGGUUUUUGUUUAAAAAAAUUACGUUGUAUUAUUUUAUUAAGUUCAAUUUUUACCAUAUGAGUUAAAAGAAUGAUAAAUUUAUGUAAAGCCCUUUUAAAUUGACUAUAUAUCUAGGCAUUAAAAAUGCUUUUGUUCAAGUGUGGGGUUGAUAAAAAUGUUUGUAAAAAAAUUACAACUUGCCCCUUUUUUUUUCAGAGGGACUUUCAUUAUGGAAUAUGUGGGUGAGCUCCUGGACUACGAAGAGUUUGUACGUCGCACAAAGCAGUACUCCAAAGCUGGCCUGAAGCACCACUACUUCAUGGCACUGAAUGCUGACGAGGUGGUCGAUGCCACGCUCAGGGGAAACAUCUCACGAUUUAUCAACCACAGCUGUGACCCGAACUGUGAGACUCAGAAGGUAUGUUCCCAGUGAUCUUGUAUUGAAGGUAUGUUCCCAUUGCUCUUGUACUGAAGGUAUGUUCCCAUUGCUCUUGUGCUGAAUGUAUGUUCCCAUUGCUCUUGUACUGAAGGUAUGUUCCCAUUGCUCUUGUGCUGAAUGUAUGUUCCCAUUGCUCUUGUACUAAAGGUAUGUUCCCAUUGCUCUUGUACUGAAGGUAUGUUCCCAUUGCUCUUGUAAUGAAGGUAUAUGUUCCCAUUUCUAUUGUAUUGAAGCUUGAUGAACUGUGCUGAAUAAUACAUGUGUGUGAUAGAGGUCCCAGAUAAUGUCUUUCCCAUUGGUUAUCAUGGGAUCACCUGUAUGGUGUCUAGAUGGUGCUAUCUGAAGGUGCCUUUAUUCAUUAGGGAGGGACCAAGGGACAUUUGAAAAGCUUAUCCGAGGGAUUCUUCAAGUUUCUGGGAAUCCCAAUAUUUCUCAGGACUCACAAUUGCUUCAUCUAAAAAACAAUUUAUAAUUUAGUAAAUAAUUCUGCUCUUCUUCUUCUUAUAUUUAAGGGGUCCAUGAUCAAUUUGUUGAUCAUUCUGGCUCCUGGUUUAAAUUCAGAGUUUGCCCUCUCUUAGAUGGGUUGCCGUCCAAGGCUAACGGGUCCCAUCCACCCGGGGUGCUUGGCAUGUUGGCUUUGGUGGGGAUUGAACUCCAGACCACCAGCUAUUUGGUUUGAGAGAGUUUAGACUGCUCGGCCACUCAAUUACUUUGCCUUGCUAUGUUUUUUUAACUAUUUGUUCUAAAGAAUGAUUUAAACAAUAUCAUUUAUAUACUUCAGUCAAAUUGCAGGAUAUAGAAAUUGUAUGUGAUAUUCGGGACAUAUUAAGAUAGCUACCAUUUUUCUGUUUGAACCUGACAAUUAUUCAUUUUUAUUUUCAGUGGACAGUUAAUGGUGAACUGAGAGUUGGAUUUUUCACAAGAAAAGAAAUCAAGAAAGGGGAAGAACUCACAUUUGACUACCAGUUUGAGCAUUAUGGGUAGGAAAAAAAUAGCUGUAACCUUCUUGGCUUUUACUAAAUUAGCAUUAUAGUUGAUACACUUAAGUUGAAAUGAGGAAUAGGUCUUCCAUGGUUGGUUAACUGCUCUAGCCAACAUGCUCUUAGUUAGGAUGAGGCAGGUGAGUUGCUUGUCAAAUCUGAGGUGCUUACCAUUGGUCUAGAGAAAGGCUAGCCAACCAAAAAAGACAUCUAGCGAGUAAACCGUUGGUGGCCUGCAUGGCAUUACACCUCAUUUCAAGAUUACAAUAAACACCACUAAAUGCUAUAGAGAAAUUUUUCAGUCUUCUUAAUGCUCACAUUGAAAUCCUAAAUAACAACUGUUUACAUCUUCUUAAUGCACACAAUGAAAUCCUAAAUAACAAAUGUUUACAUCUUCUUAAUGCACACAUUGAAAUCCUAAAUAACAAAUGUUUACAUCUUCUUAAUGCACACAUUGAAAUCCUAAAUAACAAAUGUUUACAUCUUCUUAAUGCACACAAUGAAAUCCUAAAUAACAAAUGUUUACAUCUUCUUAAUGCACACAAUGAAAUCCUAAAUAACAAAUGUUUACAUCUUCUUAAUGCACACAAUGAAAUCCUAAAUAACAACUGUUUACAUCUUCUUAAUGCACACAAUGAAAUCCAAAAUAACCAAACAGAAUUAAACUUGGCUCAAAUGACAUUAUUUUAUCUUAUAACUCGCUCAUCUUUUAAAAUGGUUUUCUUUGUCAAUUGAAUGAAGGACUAAGUUUAUUGUGAUAAAUCGGGCAACCAUGGCAGCAAUAUUUAAUGUGGUGAUCCUGCAGGCCAAGGGUUGACCACCCCUGGUCUUGAGUUUAUUAAUUAAAAUUUUUUUUUUUGAAAUUUCAUUUAACACACUUAAGAUUUCUUUUACUAAGUAUAAUUGUCACAUAUAUGUCUCAUAAUAGUAUAAACAUAAGUAGUUUAACCUCAAUAAUGGCUACCAGACUUUGGCAAUAAAAACACUCCUUGACCUUUCCUUUCCUUUUUAUCACCAGGGAACCGCAAAAAUGCUACUGCGGGGCAGAUAACUGCCGGGGGUACAUUGGUCUGGUCAAGUCUCCUACAAAAAAUAACAAGAGGAAGGAGAGAAAGAAGAGAGAAAUCUUCAAGGAUGAAUUGGUAAGCUGGGAAAACCAACAAAAGUUUGUGUAUUCUGGCGAGGGUUAGGUUAGGGUUAGGGGAAGGCAAUGAAGUAAGUAAAUCAAGUUUUUAGGAUCUCCUUUGAUUGGACAUGAUCAUGUUGGGUUAGGGUUAGGAUUAGGGUUAGGGGAAGGCAAUGAAGUAAGUAAAUCAAGUUUUUAGGAUCUCCUUUGAUUGGACACGAUCAUGAUGGGUUAGGGUUAGGGGAAGGCAAUGAAGUAAGUAAAUCAAGUAUUUAGGAUCUACUUUGAUUGGACACGAUCAUGUUGUUUUCAGUAAUUUUAUUGUUAGAAAAGUUUUCUACAGCGGGCGCUCAUUAUUCCUCAUCAAUCCGUUAUGGAGGGAAGGACGACCAUCAAACACAUUUUUUACAUAGGAAUUAACUAAAAAUGGUCUAAUCCAUUCCCAGACUCAUAGUGCGCCUAUCUUCUAUUUAUUUAAAAAAAUUACUGUUACUUAAUGCUUUAGUUAUGUAUUAACCACCGGUUAUUGAUGCUUUAGUUAUAUAUCAACCACCGGUUAUUGAUGCUUUAGUUAUGUAUCAACCACUGGUUAUUGAUGCUUGAUCGCUAUGACAGAGAUUCACUCAUUAUUGUGGUGAUACAAUAUACUUUAGGGCUACAGAAAUACGUCAGUAAAUUUUAAUCAGAAAUGGACCUUCAUUUGAGGAACCCCUUCUCCCCUUCCUGGCUCCCAAACUACUAAAGCAAACCAACAUAGAUAGAAGUGCUCAAUGUGUGCUCCCCACAUCCCCAAGGUCCAUUGCUCCCACAAGAGGCAGUGAAAAGAACUAGGAUUGUUGCUAAGAGUUUUUAUUUUAUAGAGGUUAGGGGAGUAGUACAAAGUUUGCAUCAAUCAACGAGGGACUCAAAAAAAAUUUUUUUUAAAAAAUCUACAAAUAAAUAAAACGAACAAAGAAGCAAAACCUUUGGUACCAGAACACCAUGGUCACACGAACACCAUGGUCACAUGUACACCAUGAUCACAAAUUUCUUAUAAUGUACUUGCAAAAACUAGUAAAUAUUAAAAAGAAAUAAGUAGUACUUUGAAUCACCGCCCGACACUGAUUGACUCACAGGGCAUGUGGUACAAAUAUCACAUUUUCUUGCAAAUAUCAAACAAAAAUUUAUAUGAAAAAAACAGGAAGAUAAUAUCUAAAAAAAACACGACUGUCGACAUGGACGAAUAAUGAGGAAUUCAAAAGCAAGUGGUGAAAUAAUGUUUAAUAAAUGGAUGCACUAAUAUUUAAUAGUUCAGAUUUAAAAUAACUUAACAUGACGAGACGUUAUAAAAUGUCAUAACUGUUUAAUAAAAAUUAUCAGACAUGUAGUAAUUUGGUAAUUUUAAAAAUGUGUUGUUUUUACCUGUUUUGUUUCAUUAAAUUUGAUACAGAAAUUUAAACCUUCCAAAAAUUCCUUUCUAUAGUACAAGAUCUUAGUAUUUAAAAAUUCUAGUAUUUCCCAUAUUCUGCACCGGCCUAAGAAUUGUUUAACCUAAAAAAAGUAACAAUACUUAUCAAAAAUUGAAAACGGGACUUUUGUAUUAAAUGACAAAAAGGAGUGCAGUAUUUUAAAAAUAAACCUGUGACAUAUCACAUGAAUUAAAAUGUUAAUGAAGAAAUUAUAAAUACAUUUUUAAAAUUUCGAUCUUAACUUACAGGUCAAUGGCUCCCCUGUUCUUGUAAUCGCUUUUCCUCCCACCCUGAAAUGCCACUCCCCCCCCCCCAUUGGGAAACCCUGGUGUGGAUGGUCUUAAUUUCUUUUUAAAGGCUAAGAAAUGUUUCAAGGUCAGACAUUUGAACAUUAUAUUUGAAAAUCUCCUUUGACUGUAUUAUUUGUUUGUUUGUUUUGUAAGCUGGAAGAAGACAUUGAGAAGCUGUCCAUGUUGGACGGCAUGAGGAACAAGAACCACGUUCUGGAGCUGUGUCGACUGAUGGUCAGAGCAGAGAAAGUCCAGCACAGGAUCGCUAUACUCAAGAUCUUACAGGUAUGUCCUACACAUGUAUGACUGCACAUGUUGUAUGUCUGCACAUGUUGUAUGUCUGCACGUCUGCACAUUUGGUAACUAAUAAGGGUCACUUCAUAUGUUCUUAGCUAUAUAAAUUGUAUAAAAAAAUAAAACAGUGCAGAAUAUAUACAUUAUUGAAUCAUUUUGAUUUUUAACAUUUAUUUUGCCCAUUGAACUAUAGAAACUCUUUUAGAUUUUAAGACAUAUUUAUGUUCUGUAUAUUUUGGUUUUUGAUGUUAAGUUAUUUUUAUUGCAGUCAAGAGUUUUAACUAUUUGUAAAUAAUUAGAAAACAUAUAAAAAAUGAUAUAAAGUGAAAAUGUUAAAAUAAUUAUGUUUGUAUUAGGAAAAAAACUGUUUAGAAUAUAAGGAAACUAAUUUAACUAAUAUGUUAAAAUGAUAGAAAUGCAUGAUGCCAGUGUUAUGUACUUAUUCCACAUUUUCCUCUAUCACCAUGUCAACAUUUAAGCAUUACAAAUUUCUGUUGACAUCAAAUUUCUCUAGACUGUUAUCAUUAAGCUAAUUUGUUGUUUUUUUUGUUUGUGUAGGAGACCACUGAAACUGCCUGCCUCCGCCUGUUCCUGGACUACCACGGGCUUCCUCUAUACUGGAGUUGGAUGGCCGACAUCGGCACAGCCGACUACUCUGAGGAUACACAGGAGCUCAAGCUGCUGGUUUGCUGAAUUUUCUUUUUCUGUAGUUUUUCUUUUGACUUGGAGUUCUAAGAUUGAGACCUAUGGAUGCCAGUAAGGGUUUGGGGAUGAGCUGCUGUAGAGGGGAGAAGAUCUUGACAAUCCUCUGUAUCAAAAUAUAAUAGAGAGAGAUUUAAAGGCUUUUUACAGACUAUCCAUGAGUGCUAUUAUAUCUCAUGAAUACCAACAGAGUGUCAUGUUACAUAAUAAUGUUUUUAAAAAAAAACCUUGCUAUAGAAUUUUUUUUGUUUUAUUAUUUUAAUAUCACAUCCCUUUGGAUUGAAAUUAAAAAUAAUUAUUGACCUCUGGAAAGCAUCAUGGAUGUCUACAAGGAAUGCCCUUCUUGGCUAAACUAUCCAAAUAACACAGAGAACAAUGCACCUGUUCUUUACUUGAAAAUCUUUUUAUUUAUAUUAUUUCAUACAAUUUUCAAAUAAUUUUGGUAAGUUGACCGAUAGUUCAGUUUCAGAUAAAUGGAUUCUUACAGUAAAUUUUAAUGGAUAAAAUUAUUUUGAGAUCAAAAGGCUGAGUUGGAGUCUUGAAAUCCUUUAGGGAAACUACACUAAAUAAUAACAUCCCACAUUGCUCAGCUGAUUGUCAUUAUUCUCUGAUUAUUCAUUUUAUUUUACCCUCAUUAAUCUCUGAUUAUUCAUUUUAUUUUACCCUCAUUAAUCUCUGAUUAUUGAAUUUAGUUUCUUAAAAAUGUUGUCCCGACAGAUGUUGUCUGUGUUGAAAUGUCUCCCCAUCACCAAUAGAACAGUGCUGAAAGAGAGCAAGAUUCUUGACAUUGUUGAACGUUGGGCUGUGGCCGCAGUGGCAGCGGCCAGGAAACCACCACCACCUCCACCCCCUACAUCAACAACUACAUCCAUCCCCUCACUCCCGCAACCCAUGGCCGACUCGGCGGACGUCGCGCCAGAGGUUGUUUUGGGCGACAACGAGGCUGAUGCCACCUUUGAAACUGCCGCUUCUGGAGCCGCCGCGGAACCAGAGCCCUCGGCAUCGUCCUCUGAGACCACUCCCCCAUCCUCACCGACCCCACCGCCACCCAUCCCCAUCAGCAAUGUGACCCCUGUGUCUAUUCUGGCUUCAGCCAAAGAGACAAAAGAGGCCAAGCAGAAGAGACGUGUGACCUUUGCUGAGGUUCAUGUUGAGACAGCAUUUUCACCAGAGCCAGAUGAAGACAUGGAGGAGAAUGAUGAUAUUUCAUCCUCAACUCAAUACAGUGAGGAAAGCCGAGGUGAGGCUUAUACUAUAGUUUAGAUUUAUGAUUUUUUAAAGAUAGUUAUCCUGGAGUAAUAUUAAAGGAAUGGAAAAUUAAUUUUUUAAAAAAGUUGAAGUCAAAUCUUAUGAAACUGAAGUAACUGUACUGUAAUGUUGUAUUAAAGAAGUCAGUAAAUUUUUUAAAAACAGAUGAAGCCAUGUCUCAAGAAGGUGUAAGUCUUCUUAAAUCAGAGUUACCGGGGGAAGCCACUCCGAUUGGAAACAGGAAUAUCGGGGCGCUGGAUCUCGACCUGUCGAGUAACGCUGCAGACUCAACAAGUCAGAAGGAUGCCUUUGACAGCAGCGGUGGGGAUUGCACGGGGCUGAGCAGUGACACUGACAACUCUGACACUGAGUCUGUGAUAAAAGAUCCACUGGCGUCACUAGCUGCCGAGUGCAUGUCUCAGUGGAGCUCUCUUAAGGUUGGUGAUAUAAAGAUAUCAAGAGUAUUAGUCUAGGGGACUUCUCAUCUCAGAAUUUUUUUAAAGUGGCUGCACAUUUUCCUUUAUAUUGCCAUUUCAUUCUUUAGCCCGUGGGUGCCAUUUGAUUUAAAACCUGCUAUUAUUAUGAACCCAGGAACUGGGCAUGUUAUGUUUCUGUACUGUGCGCGGAAUUUUGAGCUUUUUGGGGGGCCUUUGAAAAGGGUUAUUUUUCACAUGCAAAUACUAUAGCUAGACCCCAUAAAGUAUAUAUUUAUUGAAAGUAGACUGAGAGGGGCAUUUUUUAAUUACAUUUUAUACUCGCUGACCGUGACCUUGACCUUGGAGUGACCAAGAAUAAAGAAAAUAAUGAACUUUUUUAUUUUCAAGUACCUCAAACUACAAUUUUUUAAAGGCAUAUUAUUAUAAUGUUUAUAUAAUAUGAUAAGAUAUUUAUAUAUCUUUCAGAAAAUUGAUUACUUGUAUAUGUUAUAGUUAUUAAUAGAUUUUAAAAAAGAAACUCUUCUGAUAACUAUAAUUAUAAUCUAGUACAAAGCACGACAUUAACAAUAUAAACAUUUCUAAAUAGCAAGAAACAGAUACAAUUUUCAAAGCUGCAAUAUAAAUAUUUAAUCCAUAAAAUUAAUUAUAACAAAAUAUAUAUAGAAACAUAUAAAAUUAUUUUUUGUUGGUACAAAAUCAUCUGCAACAUAUUUUUGAAUGAGUCCUGUUAUUGGGGCAACGCCUACUCGUUCUAGGCUUAGAGUCCAAACUUUCGCUUUCUGACCCACUAGAAAACUAAUCGGAAUUAUCAUUUUCUUUGUGUGUGAUCAGAAAAUCAUCUUCCGAAUCACUAAGUCAUUAGCUAAAAAGAAUUAACAGAAAGGUUCUGAUUUAUUUUGUAAGCCAGAUGGUCCAGCUGUGUCCUCAGCCAUUUCGCAAAAAUCUACUUACACAAAUUUGCUUGAUAAAGAUCGUUGAAAAAAAUAACUCCAAAGUUUAAAAAAAGGACACAGAAAAGUGAAAAACGGAGAAAAGUGAAAAACGGAAAGGAAGUAGUUUUAUUUUGUGUAAAUUAUUGGACUGGUACUUAUUCUUUCAAUGCAAUUUUUAUCGGCCGUCACAGUUUAGAAAGAGGAAAUUGGCCGAUUCGAUCGGCCGACCACACUUUGUGGGUUAAAGUCUAUGAUUAAAUAUUUUUUAAAGCAUUCUGCAGCCAAGAUGUGCAUCUUUUUCAGGAAGUUUUCAAGAUCCCCAAGAAAGAAAGGGUUGAAGAGAGAAAGAGAACAGAGAUGGAGCUAGGUGGGUAGUUCUUCUUUAUGACCUUCAUUUUUCAUUCAUUGCUUGAUUUCAUGACAUUCUAAGGAGAGGCCAUCAGCAUUAAGGUCAAGAUUAGUGGUUCCCAACCCUGCAUGAUGGCCCUAAAUUUGGUCACUCAUGAUUAUACAAUGUUUAUAUCAUGUAUAGCAAAAUGACAGAUUGGGCUUAAAGUCACUAAGACUAAAUGUUUGGGAAGUAAUAAACCCGGUUAUCACUGGAGACACCCAGUGGCUGGAGCACAAGUUCAUUGAUAGCCAGAAAUGUGUCUUGAACUGGCUGUUGAAAUGUGUCUGGAACUGGGUGUUGAAAUGUGUCUUGAACUGGCUGUUGAAAUGUGUCUGGAACUGGCUGUUGAAAUGUAUCUGGAACUGGGUGUUGAAAUGUGUCUUGAACUGGCUGUUGAAAUGUAUCUUCAACUUGGUGUUGAAAUGUGUCUUGAACUGGCUGUUGAAAUGUAUCUUCAACUUGGUGUUGAAAUGUGUCUUGAACUGGCUGUUGAAAUGUGUCUUGAAUUUACCUAUAAAACAUGAUUCUCAGCCUAUUGUUGUUUUUUGGACUCAAAUAGAGUAAUGCAUAGCUGAUGUCUUUUGAAACAAUCUUGCCUCCUUUUAGCAUGGGUUGUUAGGAAUCAUAUUGUCAAACAGAUAGCAUGGGUUGUUAGGCAUCAUAUUGUCAAACAGAUAGCAUGGGUUGUUAGGCAUCAUAUUGUCAAACAGAUAGCAUGGGUUGUUAGGCAUCAUAUUGUCAAACAGAUAGCAUGGGUUGUUAGGCAUUACAUUGUCUUGUUGGGCAUUAUAUUGUCUAAGAGAUAUGGGUUGUUGGGCAUUAUAUUGUCUAAGAGAUAUGGGUUGUUGGGCAUUAUAUUGUCUAAGAGAUAUGGGUUGUUGGGCAUUAUAUUGUCUAAGCGCUAAGUUGCAAUGUUCACGUUUUAAUCACUAAUUCUGUUACGCUACAACUAUCUUUCAAUGUCACAAGGUACAACAUCUGUCACUGUUACACUGUACAAAUAUCUGUCUGGGCACACUGUAAAUCUGUCAUGGUCACACUGUGCAGCUAUCUGUCAUGGUCACACUGUGAAGCUAUCUGUCAUGGUCACACUGUGCAGCUAUCUGUCAUGGUCACACUCUGUCAGUCCACACUAUAAAACUGUCUAUCACGGUCACACUCUGUCAGUCCACACUGUAAAACUGUCUGUCACGGUCACCCUCUGUCAGUCCACACUGUACAAUUGUCUAUCACGGUCACACUCUGUCAGUCCACACGGUCACACUAUUUCUCCAGCCUUUGACAGCUUUUUUGGGGGGGAUUGCUUACCUAUCUUGGUACUAUUUGGUCCAUGCUUUUAUUGUUCAACAUUUUGCCACUGAAAACUUGUAAGGAAUUAAAAGAAGACUUUACUUAACAUAACAUCAGAUAACAAACAAUACAAGUUGAGAGCUCAUGAUAUACACACUUUAAUCUGUGUAUGUUUGCAGUUGUUUGCUGCCUACCCCCCAAAGUGUUUGCAGUCAUCCCAUAAUUCAUUACUUUGAUCUAUAAUCUCUGAUCUUUUGGCCAUGUGCCUAGUCAUUCAUUUGGCCAUGUGCCUUAGUCAUUCAUUUGGCCAUGUGCCUAGUCAUUCAUUUGGCCAUAUCCCUAGUCAUUCAUUUGGCCAUGUGCCUUAGUCAUUCAUUUGGCAUGUGCCUAGUCAUUCAUUUGCCCAUGUGCCUUAGUCAUUCAUUUGGCCAUGUGCCUAGUCAUUCAUUUGGCCAUAUGACUAGUCUUCAUUUGGCCAUAUGCCUAGUCAUUCAUUUUCUGCAUUUGCCUAGUCAUUCAUUUGGCAUGUGCCUAGUCAUUCAUUUGGCAUGUGCCUAGUCAUUCAUUUGGCAUGUGCCUAGUCAUUCAUUUGGCCAUGUGCCUAGUCAUUCAUUUGGCCAUGUGCCUAGUCAUUCAUUUGGCAUGUGCUUAGUCAUUCAUUUUCGCAUGUGCCCUUUUGGCCUUUUGGUAAUUUUAAAUUAAUAAAAAAUUUAAAUUUAAUUAAAUGUAAAGAAAAAAAAGUUAAAAAAAUCCUUCUUUUCCCCCCCCCCCCCAUGCAGAAAUGGGUCUAACAGAAUUAAUUUAAUAUUUUACUUACAAGUUUUUGGGUUUCAAAUAUUUUUCAAUACAAUUUUCUUUUUAACGUUAACAAUUGCUGAUUGUUUUAGUUUUGUUGAACAAAAAUUCCUGUUGGUUAUGGUGAUUAGUACCUCAAUCCAGUUUGAGAAUCAUUUUUUUUUAAUAGGAACUUUGUGUCACUAAACAAUAAAUAGGGCACCAUUUGCUGUUAAAUUCCUGCCAGCCAGUCCUUCAUGUUGCAAAGUUUGAGAAGCACUUCUCUUGACCACAUUUCUUCCUUCCACUUAAAAGUAAAAAAAGGCAAUGUUCAAUUUUAUUCUCUCUUGUGCAGGAAGCCCAAAAACUGAUGGUGAGAUGAAGGAUGUAUUUUUUAUGUGGAAACCUUUUACAUUGAAGUUUUCUUAGCAUUGAAAAGAUUGCAUUGAAUUUUAAACCAACCAACUUACGUCCUGUCUUAGCUUUGUAGUCAACAUUGCUAACCUUAGGGUGGGAGAGUUUUUUUAAAAGUUCUUUUUUAAAGUGUGAUGCUUUUCUGUACAAAUUAAUGACCUUGACCUUGCCAGAAUUAUAAAUUCCUGUGUCCAUUUUGUUAAUAAUUUUUAAAUUUUUUAAUCAAGCUUUUAAAGAUACAAAAUUCUCUUUAAAUUUCCAAACUUUUUGAUACAUAUUUGUGUUUAAAACUUUGCAAGCUUCACUUUUAACAUGCUGUUUAAUUAGCCUGCUUCAGUAUUAAAACUUAACACCGCUGUAAUGACUGCCUUCUUUAGUACUUAAUAUGUGGACAAUAUUACUUAACAAAGUCCAUUCAUAUACUUUUUUUCUCAACCCAUUCAGUGUUAUUUCAAACUUAGUGACAUAAUAAUUUUGAUUGAAGAAAUUCAUUAGAGUGCAUUUAUAAGUUUGAAGCCAAGAUAAAAUUUGUGAGAUGAUAUCAGAUGAAAGCUGACAUGUAGCGGUCAAAAUACAGUAGAAAACUAAUGGGCACUUUUAAAUGGGUACUUGAUGACAUAAUGGGAGGUUACCAAAUUACCCAAUCCACAAAUGUGCAUCAUCUCCCUUUAUCCAAUAACUCCCUGUGGUUCUGCACUCUUUAAUGUAGAUGGUAUCUAUUGGAUGGCAAGUGACUUGAUGUCCCUGACCCAGUUUAUUGUCUUCUCUCACACAGAUGUUUUGUCUAAAAAACAGCCUGAGACAUCCGACCCGUACGCCAAAUGGAAACGUGGGCGAUCGAGAGCUUUUGUGAGAAAAAAAUUGCCUGAGGAUGAGGAAAGGUAAAGGACGACUUUCUUAAAAUGGGACAACAACCUGGCCAUUUUGUGGUCUGCUUUAGUUCUGCGUACAUAAGAAGCCGCUUAGAAAUGGUGUAAUUACAGGAAGAACAUGUUUUCCAAAAGUGAAUAAAUAAAGUUUAGAAAUUUCAACAUUGUCACUAACAAAAUAGGAGACAUAAGCAUUUGCAGUAAACAAAGUUCAUGAGAUAUUCAUCAUUUUUACCCGAAGAUUGCAUCUCAAGUUAAUGGCUAUUCAUAUUUUUUUUUACUGUCUACCAUAUUUUAAAAAAGUCUUUUAUUUGCCAACAGUUUGGAGGUCUUUUCUUUGACCAAUAGUUUUUGAGUUUGUGGACUCACCAUUUGGUAACAGCAAUACAAAGUAUCAAGGAUUUAAGUUUAUUUGGCAGAAAAUGUUUAUUGAACAUUAUAAAAAGUACUAAUUUUUAUAAAAACAUGAAUUGCAGGAAAUCCAAUCUGCCGAGGAUGACGAAAGAAGAGCGCAGGCAGCGAUUCGAGGCCCGGGUGAAGGCGGAGGAUGAGAUGGCUGCUCAAGCGGCAGCAGAGGAGUACCAGCGGCAGCAGGAAGCUUACAUACUCCACCAGCAGCGGCUGUUGGAGGACCCAACCUACUUCUACAACUACAUGCAGCAACAAGGGGAUUUUGCAGUUAUGGAUCCGAACAUAAUCGCUCAAGAGGGGAUGAUUGAUCCUGUCACAGGUCAACCCAUUCCUCCAGAGGUUCUCAUCGACCCACAGACUGGACAGCAUUUUAUUGACCCCUCUGGUCAGCACAUUAUUGAUCCUAAUACGGGCCAGCCACUUGUUCAUGUUGACCCCAAUACAGGCCAGCCACUACUUCAAAUUGACCCUAAUACUGGACAGCCUUUAUUACAAAUUGACCCUAAUACUGGACAACAGUUUCUUCAAAUUGACCCCAACACUGGUCAGCCAUUGUUGCAAAUAGACCCAAACACUGGCCAGCCUUUGCUACAAAUUGAUCCAAAUACUGGUCAGCAUAUGGUCCAUCACCAGAUUGACCCACAGACUGGACAGCCUAUUGAUCCACUUACGGGUCAGCCUAUCCACCACAUUGAUCUUCACACUGGUCAGCCAAUUGACCCUUCAACCGGUCAGCCCAUUGACCCCUCAGCCGGUCAGCACAUCCAACAAUUAGUGCCUCAUUCCGGGCAGCAGCAGGUAGCCACUCCGAUGGACCAGCAGAUGGUUCAGUCCAUGGCUCAUCACAUUAUAGACCCUCAGACUGUGCAGCCCAUUUCUGAUGACUCGAUGGUCGACCCGCACACUGGACACCUUAUAAAACAUUCUGUCCUCAGCUACCCUGCUCAAUCAUUGCCCAAUAUCAGUCAUCAUCAGACAGAGUUCACUAGUCAGGUAUUUCAAGAAUUUUGUGCCGUCCACGACAUGACAUGUUUGGACUGCUACAUUACAAUUUGAAUCAGCUUUUAGCACGUUGUCAGUUUGUUGGUUGUUUGGACUGCUACUUUACAAUUUGAAUCAGCUUUUAGCACGUUGUCAGUUUGUUGGUUGUUUGGACUGCUACUUAACAAUUUGAAUCAGCUUUUUAUCACAUUGUCAGUUUGUUGGUUGUUUGGACAUCAGUUAGGCACAAGCUGAUAUUUACAUCAGUUAUAAACAAGCUGAUAUUUACAUCAGUUAUAAACAAGCUGAUAUUUACAUCAGUUAUAAACAAGCUGAUAUUUACAUCAGUUAUACACACGCUGAUAUUUACAUCAGUUAUAAACAAGCUGAUAUUUACAUCAGUUAUACACAAGCUGAUAUUUACAUCAGUUAUAAACAAGCUGAUAUUUACAUCAGUUAUACACAAGCUGAUAUUUACAUCAGUUAUAAACAAGCUGAUAUUUACAUCAGUUAUAAACAAGCUGAUAUUUACAUCAGUUAUAAACAAGCUGAUAUUUACAUCAGUUAUAAACAAGCUGAUAUUUACAUCAGUUAUAAACAAGCUGAUAUUUACAUCAGUUAUAAACAAGCUGAUAUUUACAUCAGUUAUAAACAAGCUGAUAUUUACAUCAGUUAUAAACAAGCUGAUAUUUACAUCAGUUAUAAACAAGCUGAUAUUUACAUCAGUUAUAAACAAGCUGAUAUUUACAUCAGUUAUAAACAAGCUGAUAUUUACAUCAGUUAUAAACAAGCUGAUAUUUACAUCAGUUAUAAACAAGCUGAUAUUUACAUCAGUUAUAAACAAGCUGAUAUUUACAUCAGUUAUAAACAAGCUGAUAUUUACAUCAGUUAUAAACAAGCUGAUAUUUACAUCAGUUAUAAACAAGCUGAUAUUUACAUCAGUUAUAAACAAGCUGAUAUUUACAUCAGUUAUAAACAAGCUGAUAUUUACAUCAGUUAUACACAAGCUGAUAUUUACAUCAGUUAUAAACAAGCUGAUAUUUACAUCAGUUAUAAACAAGCUGAUAUUUACAUCAGUUAUACACAAGCUGAUAUUUACAUCAGUUAUAAACAAGCUGAUAUUUACAUCAGUUAUACACAAGCUGAUAUUUACAUCAGUUAUACACAAGCUGAUAUUUACAUCAGUUAUAAACAAGCUGAUAUUACAAAAAGGAUGCCAAAGAAUAAAUCAACAAUUGAUAAUUUCAGAAACCUGAUUUUUAAUUUAUGAACUAUUUGCACGUUACUUGUCCCAGUGAUCUGAAAGUCUGUUUCAGAAAAGUAACCUUGUUGCUUAUGGGCUAUCAGGGGCCAGUCUUCAAAAAUGUGCUCUCUUCAUGCCAUAUUUUUGUUGUUGUGGCUCUCAAAGACCUGAUAUACACCCCUGGGGAAAAGGAGGAGUCUUAAUAAAUUAAAUCACGUGGUCAUGGAAAGUUGUAUUUGUUCUUAAAGUAAAUUCAUGCUUGUGAUCCUUGCGAGAAUUAACAGCUGAUUUUCAUUCCCAAAUUUUCAUCAGCCAAAGACGCAGCACAUGCCAAAAACAGCUUCAAAUAUCAGCCUGUCUGAGCUGGACAUGGAGGAGGAAGUGCCACCACCACCCUCACCCCCAACCAUACCUGUGACAAAACUCCCGCCCAAUUGGAAAACUGCCAAGGACAACGAGGGCAGAGUUUAUUACUACCAUGCAUUUACCAGGUGGGUUUGGUCAACUAUUUUUAUAAGAAAUACCUUCCUUUAAGAUUUUUAUACUUUGCUUCCAUAGACCGAAUAUUCCAAUCAUCGAAUAUUCCAAUCAUCGUAGCACCAGUAAUUUAAAAUGAAGCGCUAUAAAAACUUAUUUAUAGUGAGAUCCGUAAGUAAUCUCAUUCACUUAGUUUCAUAUAGGUCUUUUUUAAACAAAACUUGUACUUAUAUUUUUUUAAUUUUCCUUUUAACCCAAAUUAUACUUGUCUUUAGCUACCACUUAGUUACAUACACAAUAGUUGCUUUAAAUAUUUUUUAUUGAACAAUGUAUAAAAAAUGGUAUAUAACAAACAGACAAACACAAUGGGAGAUGCCGAGCUGGGACGAAGAUGAGGACUCUGCAAAUGAUAUGGAUUUAGAUCCACUGCCACCUGAAGAAAUUAUACGGGUGAGUAAACAUUUAAAAACCAUUUCUUAAGAAAUAGCAGGAUUGAAGUUUAAAUAGCUGUGUAAGUGUUGACCACUACAAGUGUCUAAAAUAUAUUUAGUGUAUACUUGAAGCUAGUCAAAAUAGUUGUUAAUGGUUAUUUUAUGUGGACAUUCCAUUGUCUUUAUUAAGUAAAGAAGUUGACCUAACUGGAAACUGACCUUGUUGCUUAUCCAUGUAUCCACAGCAAAGUAAAAAGAAAACCACCACCGCUGCGGCUGAC